AAAAAGGGGACGUUCAUCUUUUCUCUUCAACUGCUGAGAGAAGUCCACAGAAGAGAGCUGCUGGUCUCACUGGGUUGGCGCGCGCGUAGCAGCUUCGAAGAGGCUCUUCGCAGCCUGUACAACUUGCAGCAACUAUAUAAGGCAGCACCAUCGGAUCCUGAUCUAUCACCUUCAACAAGCUCGUCUACAAUCCAGCAAACUAGCUAAAACCCACUUCCCCAAAAUGGCGUCCCAGCUUGUCGAGAGCCACCGCGCCGGUGCCGAGGUCCACAAGGGGAACGAUAUCUGCAAGAAGAAGACGGUCGAGCUUCUCGAAGAGCUCGGCCUCCCGAAAGGCCUCUUUCCUAUGGAUGACAUCGAGGAGGUCGGGCACAACUGUGAGAGUGGGUUCGUGUGGAUACUUCAGAAGAAGGAGAAAGAGCACACGUUCAACAAGCUCAACCAGACCGUCUCCUACGACACUGAGGUGACCGCUUUUGUGGAAAAGGGUAAGAUGAAGAAGGUCACCGGGGUCAAGAUCGAGGACCUGUCUUUGGUCGAGGUCUAUGUGGAUGAGUCUUCUGCUGAUAAGGUUACCAUCAAGACCGACACCGGCCUGUCUGACACCCAUGAUGCGGCCGUGUUCGCUCUCGGAGAAUAGGGAGCUACUAGUUAAAAAGGCCAGAAGAAUAAAGUUAGUGAAUGGUUCGGCACUGCAGUUCACAUGUUAUGCAGAAGUAUAUGUUUCCGUUUUCUUUGUAAUCUAAUAAAGGUUGUUGCAUGAGUAUUGCUUCCUUUCAGCCCAUGUUAUGCAGAAAUGUAUGUUUCUGUUUUCGUUGUAAUGUAAUAAAGGAUGUUGCAUGAAUGUUGCUUCCUUUCAGCCUGUAAGCAUACGCCAAAUGUAAUGAAUAAUACUUAUACCGC